UAUUAUCACAUCUCUCCAUGGUAUUUAUUUGCAUGGUUAUUUGCUGGUCAUUCUCUCUGGACACGUUCUGCAGGAGGUGUUUCAGUUUGAUAGGAUGUGGCUCUUGAAAACGACCAGUGUGAUGCUGGUGAUUACUCUCACGUUGCUAGGUGUUUGUGGGAGUAAUUGGAAGGUGACCUUUAACGAUACAGCUCCAUGUGCCUUAAGAGGGUCAUCAGUGGUGUUUCGAUGCAGUUAUGCCUACCCCUCAGAUCAGACUAUUACAAAUAGCUUCUGGUAUUUCUCGAGUCAAAGGAAGAACAAUGAUCUCUUUCUGGCCCAGGAAUACAGAGGACGUGUAGAAUACCUUGGAAACAAAGACAACAACUGCACUUUGAAAAUGAAUAACCUAAUUAGUAGUGACGCAACACAAUACCACUUCAGAUUUGAGACGGUUAAUAAAGGUGACGAAACGAAUGCAUGGAGCAGCAAAACAUGGGUUUCACUAAGUUUGACAGGGCUGACAACCAAAGUACAGCCUYCAACUGUGAGAGAGGGAGAGAGGGUGACGCUAACGUGUGUCACAACCUGUACACCAAGUGACCAUCCCGCUAUUGUCUGGUUCAGGGAUGGACACUCAGUAUCCAACACAGAGUUCCUGGCCAGCAGUGAGGAUUCUGGCAGAUACCAAUGUGCUGUUCAAGGUCAAGAGAAUCUCAACUCUGCUCCAAUGUCUCUUGAUGUCCAAUAUGCCCCAAGGAACACCUUGGUGUCAGUAAGUCCCUCUGGUUCAGUGGUAGAGGGAAGCUCUGUGAACCUGACCUGCAGCAGUCAUGCCAACCCAGCAGUGGAGAACUACACCUGGUUUAAGAAGGAUGGAACAGACACCUCACAGACAGGGUCAGGAGAGGUGUUGAAAUUGACUUCUCUAACCUCCUCUGACAGUGGACAGUACUUCUGUGAGGCCAGGAACAAAGAAGGGGCUCACAACUCUACUGUUCUGUCUCUGAUCCUGCAGGGAACAAAUACUGUCCAAAUGCCAGUUUACAUCAGUUCCGCGGCCACAGUUUUCAUGGUGAUCAUACUUCUUGUGUUCCUAUGGAUGUGGAAGAGCCCAUUCAAAUUAUGUCAAAAGACUGCUGUGGACAAAAAGGACGAUCAAAACCCAGUCUUAUUCAGUAGAAGGAUCAGUAACGACCCAGCAAUACAGGAAACUAGAACGGAGGAACAGGAAAAUGCCCUCUAUGCCAACGUUCAACUGCCUCCCUCUCACACCCACCCCCAAGACAGUUCUCUGUACUCUGUGGUCAAGCCACCACCUCUGCAGAAUCCUGCAGACCCUCAUUAUGCUACCUUUGACUUCCAGCAGUUCCACAGCUCCAUCGACAAGGCCCAACUCUCAGGACUCCAUGGGGAUGAUGUUGUAUACUCCAAGAUGAAACCCAAACAGGCCAAGGUGACAGACAACAUACAGUAUGCCAGCAUCUAGUUUCCCCUCCCCAGUCCUACUGCCAGGUCAGAAGAAAGAUUAGAGGUGGACCAUUCUGUUAUCUACUCCACUGUUGCCAAACCUGAAGCCUGAACAUAUAAUUUCAUAAUGUUCAAUAAACUAAGCAGCAUUGGAACYCAUGUUGA